GCAUUUUCAGCAAUCAUCCAAGUGACAGAGGGCGAUCUUCGAAAAGCAGUCACUCUAUUUCAAAGUGCACAUCGACUCAAAGGUGAUGAAGGUAUCACGGAGAGUGAUAUCCAAGAAAUUGCAGGAUCAGUUCCUUCCUCUGUUGUAUCAGAACUCAUCAAGACCUGUCAUUCUAACUCAUUUGAGAAGCUGGAUCAAGCAGUGACAGAAGUGCUUGCUGAGGGCUAUGCAGCCAGCCAGAUGAUUUUACAAAUUCAUGAAAUAAUAGUGAACCAGCCAGACUUGACAGACAACCAGAAGUCCAAGAUAUGCGAACGACUCGCAAUUGUUGACAAGCGACUGAUAGACGGGGCAGAUGAGUACUUACAGAUAAUGGACCUACUCACAGUGAUCAUGAACCAGUACUGUACAGCAUGAAGCUUCAGUCUCCGCUACAACAAAAUUUAGGCCAUAAAUGUAUAUUUGAAUUAGGCAAGACUUCUUUCGCAAACCUCUUGUGCAACGAUAAUUAUUAUUUAAAAUCAAAUUAUUGUUGGCCUGGUAGCUUCUGGUUUCAUCAAUAAAUGGAAAUUUUAGAGGGAAAAAAAUCACCAUAGUUAGGGCUGAGGUGAGCAAAUUGUAAGGACAUGCAGAUGCUUUUAAGAAAAGGCAAUUUCAUACUUCA